AUGGCGGCUCCCUUAUCGGGGGCAGCGUCCACAGAUCUUUCAAGAUCUGUGAAGCUGAAUCUCAACACCCGCCGCAGCACCAGCACCAGCACCAGCAGCACCUGCACCAGCACCAGCACCAGCACCAGCAACGGCGCUGCCCAACGAUGGUGGCGCAUGGCUCCUUGCUCGUUCUGUCGAAGCCAGAGAGUUGCAAGUUUCAACGGGGUGUUUUCAUGCUACAAGAUGAACGCGCACCAUCGCGAGGUUGAGCUGGUCGACGCCGGGGGUGCGCGAGAUGGCGUCGGGAUACUCUCUGCUCGUUCCGAGCUGCAGAAGAACCACGUCCUGCCCAAACAGACGGAACGGCUCGGAACCUUUGGAGACUUGGACCCGGACUCGACGCUCAACUCGGGCGAUGGAGUCACGUUCAUUGUCAGCUGUGACGAGUGUGCAGGGUUCUCCCUGGGUCUCUGCAUCGACAAAGGGCACUGCCAACAGGAAAGGUACGCCAACAGUCUACCUGAGAGGUCCGCGAGACGGGUGCGCCAGCGCCCCCCCCCCCCGCUCAGAAAAAAAACUACCAACACGAGCAAGGUCUCGCCUUCGACCAAGAAACCCACCGCGGGAGGAGGAGGAGGAGAAAAAGGAGGGGUUCACGAGACAGGCGAAGCGGGAAGAGUUGGAGAAGCCAGAGGGGACAAGGGUGGAGGGGAGGGGAGGGGAGAGAACACGACUAUCGACAGGGGAGGAGCGGCGGCCGCAGCAUCGUCAGGCGCAAGAGGAGGGGCCGCGAGCGCCGGUGGGGCAGAAACAUGCCCAGGAGGAGCAACACAACCAUCAGUGAAAAAAUAUCCGGGGGCGGAGGGUGGCGGGGGCUCCGCCAAUUCCAGACAAGCGACCGGGAAAAGACCAGUCAGUGGUAGAGGGAAGGGACAACCGACAGGGGGCGGUAAGGAGCCAACCGCGAGUGGGGUGGGAGUAUCAGCGGCGACAACCGAAGGAGGGGAGGGUGGGGGGGCGGAGAGGCACACCAGCACCGGGGGAGGGGGCGACGAGGUUAGAGGCGGGAUAGAACAGGGCAGAGGCGAAGGCGGGAAACAUCCCAAUGAAAGAGGAGAGUCCGUUCAGGGCGCGAAAAAACGCCCACGUUCCUCGUCAGGCGAGGGGGUGGUCGAAGGCAGCGCCCGUGGCGGGGGAGGGAUGCAGCUUUCAAUGCCAUCACCCAAAGCUGCCGCACCAUCUAGCGACAAGCGUAGGCGCCUGCUCAAGGAUACGUCGGGUGGGAGGCCGGGGAGCUCAAGAGAAGGCGUUGUUGCUAGUCCCGGGAGAUCUACCCCGAGGCGGUCGAAAGUCGAUGGGGUCGAUGCUAGUGCGCCCGUGGCGCCGGUGGUCGUGGAAAGGUUGCCAAAGUCAGUGAUUGUGUCCGACACGGACGAGGAGCGAAGCGCGAAAGCGGCGUGCGGCGAACGGAGAGGCGGCGGCAGCGAGCAACGGCAAGAUCACGUCGGCGAUGGUGGCACAACGACUCGGCCUCAGACAGCGCCUGCCUUCGGCGACGGCCGCGACUGGCCUCGGAAUACGGUAGUGCCAUUACCGCCGUUGCCGCCGUCACCGUCCAGCCCGGCAUCGGCGUCGGCGGUUCUUACCGCGAGCGCUCCGGGGAAGGAGCCCGCCGCGGUCGUCACUGGUGAGAGCGACGCGGCGAGACGCGCUAUUUCGCCGUCUUCGGCUUCCUCGUCUUCAUGCGAAUUAUUCUCCACUCCUUCGUUAAGCAUUGUAGACGCUGGCGCCUGGGUGGGCCCUAAGAGCAGCUGUGGUAAACGUCGCUCAGCUGAGCCCUCCGGCGGACGCGGAGACGCUGCGGACGCGGCGAACGGAGGCCCGGCGACGACGUCUACGCUGAGUAAGCGGCGACGUGGGCGCGAUAAGCUAGGCACGGCUUCCGGAGGAAUGACUGGCGUUUCUGGUGGUGAAGUCGUCGGCUGUGCCAGGUCUGGUGGGGGGCGGACGGCGGCCCCACAGCGCGCGGGGGCGGAAGCGGGGAGAGGGGAGGGAAAGAAGGACGCUGGGGCCCAGGCGAACGCGAACGGAGGACCGCCACGAACGCCUGGCCCUGCUGGCGCUGCUUCUUGCACCACUGGAUGCGCAAGUGCUGCUGUUGGCGCUGCCGCUGCUGCCGCUUCGCCCUCCUGCAAUUCUUCUUCUGCCCCCGCCGGUUCGGUUUCUACCCCUGCCCCAAGUCUCCCUGCCGCCGCCGCCGCCGGCAUCGGCAAGAGCGCGCGGCCCGGACCGGCGCCCACCACCACGACAAGCGCUGCUAGCCAGUGCCUCCGAAAAAAGAUCGAGCUGGCGAAAUUUGAGGCGAUUCAAAACCAAGCGUACAGACAGGCCCAGGAGUACUGUCGGAAGCAACUCGCCCCUCUUGAGGCCGAACGCAGGGCCGUGGAGGCCAAACUAGAGGCCAUGAAGCAGACGCUCCGGAAAACGAUGAGCGACGCCCACGACAAGCGGGUGAGUGAGAUCGAGGCGUUCAAGGCUAACCUCUACAGCGGUACCGAUGCAACGGCGGGCGGUAGCUGACGGCUCUUGACUGCUUCAGCUUGAACGAAAAGCGCACGAUGCGAUAUCGCCGUUAUGAAGUGCAUUCUUUGUCGAACGUGCAUGAUGUGUACCAUAGGUGAGAUGUGUAGAGUUGAACAGCAGCGUGAAGGGCGAACGUAUCCUGAAUGCCGAUGAAUGUAUCUCACGGACGGCUGGUAACAUCCUAUGGUUUACAGCCGUGGCUCGAGUUCGUUCGCGGGCUUGAGGUCGCACAGCGGCGAGAAACAUUGGUGUGGGUGGGCGUUGGGUGUUUUGAGGCAUAUAAUCUGUGUUUUUGUCGCGCUAUUGUUCGUGUUCGGUGGUGUUGGUGUUGGUGUUUUUGUUUCACGUGGUUCAGGGGGGAAAGGCGUUGCAAGUGUGUUUAGUGGCGCUUACGGGUCGGGCAGCAAGUGCGUUUGAUGACGUUUGCCGAUCGGGCAGCCGGGUCUCCCUUGUCUUCUUUCCUGUGAUAACUAGUGGGAGGUGCCGCCGAUCUCGUGGCAUUAGCCCGUGUGUGCCUGAAAUCUUGACACCGACAAGGGGUGGCAGGGUGAGGUCGUAAAUGAGCUCCCCCUCUUCACACUGGAGCAGCCAAUCCUAUCCAAGGGGCACACGCGAGUUUUUGCGCGUUUGUGCAUAAGGCAAAACUCGUUUUCACGUCAAGUAUGGCAUUCCGCAAGCCCGAAAGCCGGCCUUCGUUACCGCAGGGAUUUCCCCGUUUCUCGGAGCAACCUCGCGUUGACUCCUCCUAUGUUUUUGUUCCAAACGAACUUCACACUUGUGAUGAGAUGUGAUGUGAUCGCCCACCUCGAGAAUUAUGCAUGAACACGUUAUUUGUUUGAAAGUGGAGCUUAAGUUUUGUUCUAGAAGUGGGGGAUAAGACGACUUGUGCGCAGCGUUUUUGCUGGUGUGGAUCAGCUACCUAGGUAGGGGGAAGGCACUCAUCAUUCGGUUUGUUGUGAGCAAGACCUGCCCGAUCCUUUUCGUGGAGGUGGUUUGUCCCUGACGGCCUGCUGUACGCAACAUGAUAUGACGUUCCCCACCCCCAAUCUGACCCGGCGAGGAUCAUACCAAGCCAAACGAUAGGGUUUGCGUUUUUUAGGAAAGCAUCGGAAACCUCCUUGAUGUGGCGCAAUCGGGCUUGAAGCCUAGGCUCACAAGAGCAGCAUCUUUUUCGCACACUGUACGUGAGUAGCUGAGGGGGAUUAUGGUGCUGUAGUGGUUUUGCCGUUGAUGCGUCUUGUACAGUCGGCUUCUUUGAAAAUCCGGCGAAGCCGGCACGUUGCAGGUGCCGUGUGAGAGAUAUAACUAUUACAUGGUGGUGCUUGAAGUGGCGACGGUUGUUUGGAAAACAAUUGUGGAGGGUAUUGAGAGUACGUUCCAUGGCCUUGUUCGGUGUGACGUGCACUUCUGAACUCUUAAACGUCAUACGGUGGCGUUUCCGAGUAUUUCUGAGGCCGGGUGGGUUGGAGGGGGUAUCGCGAAGUGGGCUAGUGACGGACAAUUUAUAUUAUAUAUAUUUGCUCGGUUGGACCGAUUCCGUAUUAUUGUACUGCCGUCUGAAGAUGAUGCCUUGGCUGAAUUGCACACGAAAGGGAGUUGAUUUCACUGACAGCGGGAAGUGUUACAUUAUUUUUUUGCGGGGGAAAAACGAAGUGGAAACGAGCCCGCUGGGUGGGAUGAUUAUUAUUCGUACGUAAGGUAACGGAUCUCAUCCUGGCUCGUUCCAAUCCUACAGUAAGGUCGAUGAGAGAAGGUAACGGCUGAACGUGCCAUGUACAUUUUCUGGGUCGUCCUUUGAAUUCCUUCUCUAGUUCGGUUUUCGUGCCCUUUUUUUUUUGUUGGCCUGUGUGGUCACGUAGCCUCGGGAGGAGUCCGCGUCCGUCCCAGUUGGAUCGGAACGCUUUUGAUGUGAAGAUAACAACACACAAGCGGAUCGAAGUAAAGAAGUGUGCAGUAGAUCUCACGCUUCGGCACCGCAUCUACCUGUCGUCUGUGUAUGGCACCAAGGCUGAUGACACCAAAGAUCUACUGAACACUACCGCGUCUUGUCUCUGUUUUAAUAUUAUUUCACUUGUUGAUGCACCCCACUGUUGUAG